UGCCAGAACUGAGAAGCAACAGCUGAGAGACAGAGGCACCCCAGAGGGAGACACGAACCACUGCAAUAAAUCACAAUGACAGAAAAGGACCCUGAAACACACCUGGAAGAGGAUGAGGAUGACUUGGAUGGCAAGCUUAAUUACAAGCCCCCACCUCAGAAGUCUCUAAAGGAGCUGCAGGAGAUGGACAAAGAUGAUGAAAGUCUUGCCAAGUACAAGAAAACUCUCCUAGGGGAUGGGCCGGUGGUCGCAGAUCCAACUGCUCCCAAUGUGGUAGUCACUCGACUCACCUUAGUCUGUGACACUGCCCCAGGACCAAUCACUAUGGACCUUACUGGGGAUCUUGAAGCUCUCAAGAAAAAGACCUUUGUGCUAAAGGAAGGAGCUGAAUAUAGAGUCAAAAUUAAUUUCAAAGUGAACAGGGAUAUUGUGUCAGGACUGAAAUAUGUGCAGCAUACCUACAGGACUGGGGCUAAAGUGGACAAAGCUACAUUCAUGGUUGGCAGCUACGGACCUCGGCUAGAUGAGUAUGAGUUCCUGACACCUCCAGAGGAGGCCCCCAAAGGGAUGCUUGCCCGAGGCACUUACCACAACAAGUCCUUUUUCACUGAUGAUGACAAGCAUAACCACCUCACCUGGGAGUGGAAUCUGUCCAUUAAAAAGGAGUGGACAGAAUGAGCUCCUUGCUCUACAUUCCCUUCCCAUUCCCCUUGCCUGUCAUACUGCUGGUGAAUGAUAUAUUCCAAAACUCCACAGUUAUGCUCUUCUUCCUGUGUGCUCCCCCCAAGGUAGCACUCCAAUUAUUCUCAUUUUCACAUGGUACCCUGUGAAAUUUGGUACAUUGGUACAAUUGGCAUUUGGUACAAUUUUGAGGAUAGCCCAUGGCCUCUUUUCUUGCUAGGCUGAAACAAUACACUCAGUUUCACCACAAAAGCACAAAAAGUUUAAAACCAAAUUCCCUUUCUAUUCUCUUUUCCUUUUGAAUCAGAUCUUUGGAAAGCCCUAAUUUGACCAACAUGAACAUUUCAUUAAAGUACCAUUUAUCCCUCCCAGCAGCUAGUGAGCUCAGAGACAGAGACAGACACAGAGGCAGAGAGACAGAGACAAAGAUGGAGAGAGACAGAGAGAAAGACAGAGAUAGAGACAGAGAGACAGAGAAAGACAGAGAGAGAGAAAGAGAGAGGGGGAGGGAGAGAGAGAGAGAAAGAGAGAGAGAGAGAGAGAGAGAGAGAGAGAGAGAGAGAGAGAGAGAGAGAGAGAGCAGUCUCCCACUAGCAGUCCACUUUCCAGGUAGUCAAUAACAGAUUCCAAUUGGAAUAUCCUAUAAUGGUUGCUGCUGUCCUGAAAAAGGGCCUUAAUCUGCCUUAAUUUGCCUUUAUGAAUAAAGCCACCUUGGGGUCUUCUAUUUGUGAGCAAAACUGUAAACAAUUCAAUAGUUUAUGAAUAAAACUACUUCUGUCCA